AUGUUUGACUUUGAUAUGCAACUACUCUGUACUGUGUUUCCUUUUACGGUUAUUAGUGUACGAUCAACGUACCAACCACCUAUUCCAGUUGAUCAAGUAAAACCAAGGAAUGAAUAUGACUAUGAAGGAGGUUGUUCUUAUGUCGAAUUAGAGGGUCCUAAUAUGCGUGGGAGGGGACGUGGUGAUCGAGGAAGGAGUAGAGGCCGAGGCAGAGAUUCUUCAACAACUCACCAUAAUGGAUUCAUUCACCAAAUUUUAACAGCCAAAGCAAACAGAGAGAUUCAAAUUUCAAUCAUGGAAGUCCCUUCUAGGCUUGUGUUCCUCUUGGUCUCUCUUCUGAGUCUAGUCUUCUCACUUUCUGACUCUGCAACAGUAGUAGUAGAUGGAGUUUCAGAAUGGAAAAACCCAACUGUUCAUAUUGGGGAUUCUAUCAUUUUCAAGCACAAGUAUGAUUACAAGCUUUACAUUUUUCAGAACAGAGGAGCCUUCAAUCUCUGCAACUUUACUCAAGCUUCACUUCUUACCAAACCCAAUUCCAACUCCUUCACUUGGCAUCCAUCAAGAACUGGUAUCUUCUACUUCUCCUUCAACAAUGGCACUCUCAAAUCAUGUCAAUCAGCUCAAAAGCUCGCCAUAACAGUAUCUCUAUCACCACCACAAAACUCCGCCACCUCACCGGAACUAUCUCCGGCAGCCUCUCCAGCACCGAGUUCAGGCGGCAUUGUAUCAUCAUCUCCAGCAUACCCAUGGCCAUUCCUUCAGAUCUAUUUGGUGAGUAGAUAUAGCUGUUGUGGCCAACCACAUCACAGCCCAUUGCUGCCACUCCAGGCGCCAUCGUCGUCACCGAAGACCCACGCCACCUUACACACCAUCGGCGGCUACAACUGUGGCUACCAUUGA